UUGGUCGACUUGUACGUCCAUCAAACUGUACAUCGUAAGCAUUCGGAGUGAGGGGAACAGGUUGGAAAGAGCUUGAGCCUUGUGCAUUCAAAUAUUGUUGGUUGCAGAUUGUAACCGGACCUAACACACAAGCUGGAAGGGCUCAGCGCAGCGUGGGUGCCCAGGGAUCCACUGCCUGAGUGUGGGGAGAGCAGCGGCCGAGACCCCGGAGACAUGAACCACACCAAGGGCGGCCUGGUCAUCUUCACCGCUAACUCACAUCCCUCCAGCCGCGAGCUGGGCAAGAGGAUUGCAGAGCGGUUAGGAGUGGAGCUUGGCAAGGUGCAGGUGUACCAGGAAGCUAACAGAGAAACGCGGGUACAAAUCCAAGAGUCGGUGCGAGGCAAAGAUGUCUUUGUGAUCCAGACAGUGUCCAAGGAUGUGAACACCACCAUAAUGGAGAUGCUGAUCAUGGUGUACGCGUGCAGGACAUCCUGUGCCAGAAGCAUCACAGGCGUACUCCCCUACUUCCCCUACAGCAAGCAGUGUAAGAUGAGGAAGAGGGGCUCCAUCGUCUCCAAGCUUAUUGCCUCUAUGAUGUGUAAAGCUGGUCUCACCCACCUGAUCACCAUGGACCUCCAUCAGAAAGAGAUUCAAGGCUUCUUCAACAUCCCAGUGGACAAUCUGAGAGCCUCCCCCUUCCUGCUGCAGUACAUACAGGAAGAGAUCCCUGACUACAGAAAUGCUGUGAUUGUGGCCAAAUCCCCAGCCUCUGCCAAAAGGGCUCAGUCAUUUGCUGAGCGGCUGCGUCUGGGUAUAGCAGUGAUCCACGGUGAAGCUCAGGACGCAGAGUCAGACCAGGUAGACGGGCGACACUCCCCACCCACCGUCAAGACCACCGGAGCCAUUCACCCCAGCAUGGAGAUACCAUUGUUGAUUCCUAAGGAGAAGCCUCCCAUCACAGUGGUAGGAGAUGUAGGAGGACGCAUCGCCAUCAUAGUGGAUGACAUCAUCGACGAUGUCGACAGUUUUGUGGCAGCAGCGGAGACGCUGAAGGAGAGAGGGGCCUACAAGAUCUACGUCAUGGCAACACACGGCAUCCUCUCCUGUGAGGCCCCCAGGUUCAUAGAGGAGUCGGCUAUUGAUGAAGUGGUGGUGACCAACACGAUUCCCCACGAGCUCCAGAAGCUCCAGUGUCCAAAGAUCAAAACAGUCGACAUCAGCAUGAUCCUGUCGGAGGCCAUCCGCCGCAUCCACAACGGAGAGUCCAUGUCCUACCUGUUCCGCAACAUAGGAGUGGAUGACUGAACGACCUGUCUCACACACACACGCACACACGCACACGAAAAUAAAUACAUACAGUUUGCCUGUUCAGAAACAGAGGUGAAUGUUAAACACUGAAAUUGACACACACACACAAAUAUCCAUAUCCUGCUUGUAUCAUAACAUACAAAUAUAAAUGCUAACUUUUUCCUUUGAGCGCAGCUUAACAUAGAAGAUGACUGAAUACACUUCUUCAAAUUAUUCUUGUUUCAUAAGUGAAACAAGACUGACUGAACACACACACUGAUCUGUAUCCUUAAUGGACGUUAAUGGACUGCUGCUGAUCUCUCCAAUGGCUGCCCUCUUGUCAAACAGUACACACCUCAGUUUUUUUUUUUGUUUGUUUUUUUACUCUCCUUUCUUUCUGAGUACCUUCUUCAUUCACCUCUCCAUCUUGUCUACGUUUUCUUCCAUAUGUGUUUCCAUAGAAACUAAUGUUGAUGUUAAAUCUUUGUGUUAGAACAUGAUAUUUGUUAGGACUGAAUGUCUCUUUCAGUACAAUCUCCUUUUACCACUAGUAUCAGAAAGAGUGCCAGUGCCUUCUACAGGACGUACUCAACACACAGGCCUUCACUACUCUGAUACACAACCGUGUCUCAGCUAACAGAGCUAAUUCCUAAUGGCCCUUGUAAUUAAUCCAGGAAAAUGCAGGUUCCCAGCUAAUUCACUUGUGUGGACUAUCAGAGUGCAUGUUUAACCCUCUGUCAGAUUUUUGUUUAUUUAUGUGGUGUGUGAAUGUGCUACUAAUAUAGUUAGUUUAGACUCCUGGUUGCCAUAGCAUUUAGAUGCUAAUCUGGUGUCAAAUCUACUAAUUGAACUAGUUGAACUGGAAUUAAUACAGGAAAUAUUUUCUCAGUCUGGUUAAUUGGACGUUACAAACAUUUUAUGGCAGUGCACUAGUGAAAUGUGUAUUCAUGAUUCAUCCAUAUAACGUUGUGUGCCAUCGUUUCAAUGCCUGUUCAUAUUUUACAUUUGUUCAUGCCACAAAUGAGCAGUUCCCUUCCAGCUGGAGGGCUCUGGAUUGAAGAAACUCACAAAUAAACAGUUUAAAGCUACCGCUUCCACGUUUGACCGUUUGACGGUUUUACUCCCUGGUUAGAAGUGGAAGGUUGUUCUUAAUCAUUUGGAAAUGGGCAAAUGAAUCCAUUACGAAAGAGCUUGAUGAAGUUCGCUUAAACACAUUCUACCUGAGUUUCAAAAAAAAAGAGUUUCCAAAAGUAAAUUGAAACUUUUUCUGAUGAGCUAAACUUGACUGAAGCAGGUCUUUGUCACUUUACCAGAUGUGUUCCAAAAAUGUUUUGUAUUUAUUUUCAGCACUUAAUAUGAAUAAAUAUGACAUAUGAAAGUGA